AUGCCUUCAGAAAGUAUUGAUAUAAAUAAUGAUGAUGAUGUUGUUAAUCUUUUAGAACAUUAUACAGAUUUAGAAAAUUGUUCUAAAGAAAUUAAUACAAAAUUAUCUAAUAUUCAUAAUAGUGUUGUUGAAGAUUGUAUUAAUCAGGUAGAACGUCUUGUUGAACUUCAUAAUGAAAUAAAUAAAUGUGAUCAAAUAUUUGAUUCUUUAGAAAAUACAUUAUCAUCAUUUCUAAUUCAACUUGGAACAAUUGGAUAUGAUAUGCAAUCAUUGCAAACAGAAUCUACAUCUAUAAAUCAACAAUUAGAUAAUUUACAAUCUGUUAGAAAUCAUUUAUCAAAAUUUAUUGAACAAGUAUCUGUAUCUCCCAAAAUAAUAUCAACCAUAACGGAGUCAGACUGUAAUGAACCAGUUUUUAUUGAAUCACUUAUACAACUUCAACAGCAAAUACAUUUUAUUAAAUCUCAAGAAUAUUUAGAAGCUAAAUCAAUUAAUGAAGUUAAAAUAGUUGUUGAAAAUUUAAAAAAUACAGCUAUAUUAAAAAUUAGAGAAUGGAUAUUAACAAAAAUAAAUAGUAUGAAAAAACCAUUAUCAAAUUAUCAAAUAAUUCAAAAUGCUUUACUUAAAAAUAAGUAUUUUUAUGAAUUUUUGGUGGCAAAUGAUAAAAGAAUUGCUAAACAAAUUAAGGAAGAGUACAUUGAUACUGUAUCAAAAAUGUUUUAUUCUUAUUUUAAAACAUAUACAUCAAGAUUAUUUAAAAUUCAAACAGAAGCAGCUACAAAAGAUGACUUAUUAGGUUUUGAAGAUUCUAAACCACGUCUUAUUUCAUCUGUUUUAUCAUUAGGAAAAGGACCACCAACUAAAAUUAAAUCAUCUGUCUUUAGUUUAGCUGGAAGGCAUUCAUUACUAACAAUGGAUCUUAUAUCACCAAUUAUUGUACCACAUGUCUGCCAACAAAUGAAUGAAAGUGUAGAGUUUGAAAGAAUUUUUAGAAGUGUUCAAUAUAGUUUAGUAGAUCAUGCUAGUUAUGAAUAUCUUUUUUCGGCUGAUUUCUUUUUGAUUGCAGGAGAAAAUUUAGUAGAACAUUUCAGUCAAGUUAUGGGUAAAAGUAUUGGAUAUUUCAGUCAAUUUUUUAGUGAUAAAAUACAAUCUAAUCAUGAUGCAAUAUCAUUAUAUAUUUGUAUUUGUUUAUGUAAAAAAUUAAGACAACUACUCAUUGAAAGAGAAAUUAAUAGUUUUGAUGGUUAUUGGCAUAGUUUAGAACAAAUUAUAUGGUCCCGAUUUGAGAAAGUAAUGUCAAACCAUAAUGAAAGUUUAAGAAAUUAUGAUCUUAGCAAAACAAAUUUUACUCAAAAAAAACAAUCAACUGAUUGUAUUAAACCUCAUCAUGUUAUACGACGAUACGCAGAAAUGACAUCAGCACUAAUAUAUUGUGGUAAAUUAACAGAUCCUAGUUUGGAUGUUCGUUUACAUGAAUGUUUAUCUAAACAACAAAAAGAAAUAGAAUUAUUUAUUUCUAGAUAUUGUUCACAACUUUCACCAAAAGAAAAGUUAUUUUUUUCUAUAAAUAAUUAUGAUAUGAUAACAUCUGUUUUAAUUGAAGCACAUUGUAGUGAUGCUAGAGAACGUGAUUUAUUUGAAAAUUUAAGACAAGAAUGUGUGGAGGUAUAUGUAGAAGAAAUAUUAAAAGAAUACUUUCAAGAACUUGUUACAUUUGUUAAACAUACAGAAUUAUUAAUAAGUAAAGAUAAUGAAAAAAAAAGGAUUGGUAAAGUCUCUAUGAAACGACCAAUUUUAAAUACAGUUCCUCAAACUCAUUAUGACAAUGAAAUGUCAGAAUAUUUCUUAGUUAACGAAUUUGAACAAUCUAAAUCACAAAAAGAAAGAUUGAUACGUGAAUGUAAUUCUAUAUUAAAAUUUCAUGAAGUACGAUACCGUGCAGCAUUAAAUUUUGAUGAUUACAAAAAUUGGAAUUGUUAUAUUAUAGGACCACCCGGUACUCCCUAUGAAGGAGGAAUAUUUUUUUUUAGAAUUGAAUUUGAUGAGGAAGGUUAUCCACAAAAAGCUCCUAGAGUUUUUUUUGAAACAAGAAUUGACCAUCCAUGUAUAUUUGUUGAUGGUGAGGAAAUGAAUAAACUUGUUAAGUUAGAAAUUGACAUUAAAAGAAAUUCAAAUUCUGUAGAUUGCUAUUUUGAUAAAGAUACAAAAACAAUUUUUUUCAAUGCAAAUUUUGGUGAAUUAACAUCAGCUGUUGGACCGGAUGACUGGAUGAGAAAUACAUCAGUAGAAAUUUCUCAAAAAAUAUCAUUAGAAGAUUUUUUAAGAAUUAUCUUAAGUAAAGAUUUUACAGAAGAUGAGCUGUCUAAUAAGUCUCUUAGUGAGUUAUUAUGUAUGAACAAUAAAGUGGAGAAACUUUUUCAAGAUAAACUUUAA